AUGACGCGCUCAAAGACAUUACAAAGUGGUGAAGGAACACAGAGGGUAGUUGACGAGAGGUCGCCUUUGUUGUCGAGUACUCGACGGGGGUCGAGUUCGUCAGGUGAGAGCUCUUUGACUUCCUCGUCGUCUAGCGCAUACUCGGACGGCCAAUACCUUCCAUGGCAUCUCACACGGCCGUCAGAAGUCGUCGAUUCGAGCGUCGAUGUCGAACAAGUAGCACCCGUUGCAACCGCCAGCGAUGAUGCAAAGCUACAAGCCAGAAAGACCUCGACUUGGGCAGUUGUCAAGAUCGUGUCUAUCCUGCUGGUUGGAACUUUUACUGCGAACGCCGAUGGCUCUUUGGUGAUGGCAACGCACCCAACGAUUGCCUCUGAAUUUGAUGAUCUCGAAAACUCCAGUUGGCUCUUCGUAUCUUUCGCGUUGGCAGGAGCGGCAACUCAGACUUUGUAUGGCAAGCUCAGUGACAUUUACGGGCGGCGUGCCCUCCUCAUGGUGGCUUAUACCUUGUUUUCCGUUGGAUGCGCAAUGGUCGGCGUCGGUCGCACAAUGUGGCAAGUCGUGCUUGGACGGGUCAUUUCAGGAUCUGGUGGCUCAGCAUUGAACGUCCUCGGGCUGCUCUUGGUGACAGAUCUCGUCCCACUCCGUGACGUGGCUGCGUGGCAAGCAGGUAUCAAUCUGGCCGCAACAGUAGGACGAAGUCUUGGUGGACCUGUGGGAGGUUGGCUAGCCGAUACCAUUGGAUGGCGAUGGUCUUUCCUCGGCCAGGCACCCAUUUUCCUACUUGCUGUCUUGCUGUGUUGGUUUUUCCUGCCAAAAGGCAAGCAAGUGGGCAAGAGUGAUGAAGGUGUUGAAGCAAGCGGCAAGCCCAUCAACGGCAAAAAGGGCUCUCUAGCGAGGAUCGACUUUCUUGGCGCUGCUUUAUUGGCACUCUUCAUCUUGACCUUUCUCCUCCCGAUUGAGAUUGGAGGUACCAAGAUACCUUGGAGCCACCCGCUCAUCUUCGUCCUCUUUGGCGUAGCUGUCGUGUUUGGUGGACUCUUUGCCGCCGUUGAGGAGUGGUGGGCUAAAGAGCCAAUCUUUCCCCUGGAACUGUUGAAGCAUCGCGACAUUAUCUUGACGUACGUCAUUAGCGGUGGGCAAGUCGCAGCUCAACUCGGCCUUAUGUUCUCCGUCCCGCUCUAUUUCCAGGUGACACAGCGUGUCUCUAACACUGUUGCUGGAAUACAUCUCUUCCCCGCUGUCUUUGGGAAUGCCAUCGGUGGCGUCCUUGCUGGAUAUCUGAUCAGAAAGUUUGUCAAUCCCGAAGAUGCAAAUUGUUUGGAGCGACAUGCUGACUUGCACAGAACUGGUCGUUACAAAUCUCUAUUGAUAAUUGCGACGAUCGCAUCGAUGUUCUCCUACUCGCUUUUGCUGCUUCGGUGGCAUGGAGAUACAAAUGCUUGGGAGUCGCUUUACAUCGUACCUGGUGGGUUUGGGGCUGGCCUGGUACAGUCGGCGGGUUUCAUCAGCAUUCAAGCCGCUGCCAACCCCAAGCACAAGGCCGCAGUGACGUCGGGAAUGUUUUUGACAUUCCAAAUCGGCAUGAUCCUCGGCCUGUCAUGUGUUAGUGCCGUCAUGAUGGAAACGAUGAGAUGGCGGCUAGACGCAUUGCUGGAAGGCAUGGAUCUCAGCGCAGUUGUGCGAAAGCAGAUUAUCGCAAAAGCGACAUCGAGUGUUGACUACAUCGAUCAUGCGGAUGAAAAGGUUUCAGCAGCCAUCGUGCAGGCGUACGUCGAAGGUUUGGGAUUUAGCCACGGUUUCUCACUCAUCUCAUCAGCGCUGGCACUAAUCGCGGCUAUUUUCGUAAGAGAGCAUAAGUUGUGA